UUCCAUGGCAUCUCUGAAUUUUCAUUUCACUUCAGAACAUAUUCACUGACAUUUGCUUUCUUUUUCUUCUGAUAAUCAAAGAUGGUGGAGAACACAUCAGGAAGAUCUCAUUCUCACCACCAAGUCUUUGAUGUCUCCAUUAACAUGCACACCCAGAUGAGCAAUGGCUCCAAAUUGCUCGACGACGAUGGUCGUCUUAAGCGAACUGGGACUGUUUGGACUGCGAGUGCACAUAUCAUAACGGCUGUGAUUGGGUCUGGAGUUCUGUCUUUGGCUUGGGCAAUAGCGCAGCUUGGAUGGAUUGCAGGCCCUGCUGUUAUGUUCUUGUUCUCUUUUGUUACUUACUAUACUUCAACUCUUCUCUCUGCCUGUUACCGUUCCGGCGAUUCUGUCACCGGAAAAAGAAACUACACCUACAUGGAUGUUAUUCGGUCUAAUCUUGGUGGUGCUAAGGUCAAAAUAUGUGGAAUUGUUCAGUAUCUGAACCUUUUUGGGGUUGCCAUUGGUUAUACAAUUGCAUCAUCCAUAAGCAUGAUGGCAGUCAAGAGGUCUAAUUGUUUUCACAAGAGUGGAGGCAAGAAUCCAUGCAAAAUGAAUGCAAAUCCUUACAUGAUUGCAUUUGGCAUUGCAGAAAUUAUUUUUUCUCAAAUUCCUGAUUUUGAUCAGCUAUGGUGGCUUUCCAUUCUUGCUGCUGUUAUGUCCUUCACUUACUCGACUAUUGGCCUUGGACUUGGAAUUGCCAAAGUCGCAGAAUCUGGAAAAAUCAUGGGAAGCCUAACUGGAAUUAGUCUUAACAAUGUUACCCCUACCCAAAAAAUUUGGAGAAGCUUCCAAGCUCUUGGAGACAUCGCUUUCGCCUACUCUUACUCCAUGAUCCUCAUUGAAAUUCAGGACACAGUGAAAUCACCACCAUCAGAGGCCAAGACAAUGAAGAAAGCAACACUAAUAAGUGUAGCAGUGACAACGUUUUUCUACAUGCUAUGUGGGUGUUUUGGGUAUGCAGCUUUUGGAGACAUGUCCCCUGGAAAUCUCCUAACUGGGUUUGGUUUUUAUAACCCAUAUUGGCUACUUGAUAUUGCUAAUGUUGCUAUAGUUGUCCACCUUGUUGGUGCAUACCAAGUUUACUGUCAACCACUUUUUUCUUUCAUAGAAAAAACAGCAGCACAAAAAUACCCAGAUAGUGACUUUAUUACCAGAGAUAUCAAAAUCCCAAUUCCUUGCUUGGGUACUUUCAACCUUAACCUCUUCAGAAUGGUGUUUAGGACAGUUUUUGUGAUCUUUACCACUGUAAUUUCAAUGCUCCUUCCUUUCUUUAACGACAUUGUGGGUUUACUUGGAGCUUUAGGGUUUUGGCCAUUAACGGUUUAUUUUCCAGUUGAAAUGUACAUAGCCCAGAAGAAAAUACCAAAAUGGAGCACAAGAUGGCUCUGUCUCCAAAUACUAAGCGGUGCCUGUCUUAUUAUUACUAUAGCUGCUGCUGCUGGCUCCAUUGCUGGUGUUAUUACUGAUCUCAAGACAGUCAAGCCAUUCCAGACUUCUUACUGAAUUAGUAAGAAGAAAAUCUGAAGCUGGAGUUAAUUUAGCAAAAUUUUUAGUUUUUUUUUUAAUCUUUGUUGAAAUUGUAAGUGUAACUCAUGCAUAUAUAUACAUAUGCAAAUGUUGUAUGUUUCAAACAUUUAGUACUGUUAAGUUUCAACUUGCAUUAACA